AUGAGUGAAGUGCGUUUGAUGGAAGACUAUUUUAUCGACAAUCCGAUGUAUGACCAGGUUAUCUUUCGAAGAAGAUUUCGAAUGCAAAUAUCUUUAUUCCGUCGUAUAGUGGAUGAUGUUACUGCAAAUAACGAAUAUUUUCCGCAAAGAUCUGAUGCCACAGAUAGACAAAGUCUUUCACCAUUGCAAAAAUGUACUACGGCCAUAAGGGUGUUGGCAUAUGGGGCAUCAAUUGUUGCAGUUAAUGAAUAUUUGAGAAUGAGUGGAUCCAUAAUAAAGGAAGUUCUCGUGCACUUCGUAGAUAGUGUCAUCACAUGUUUUGGUGACGAGUACCUCAGAAAGUCUAACGAAGCUGACUUGGCAAGACUACAGUAUGUUGGAGAUCAACGUGGAUUCCUGGGUAUGAUAGGUAGUAUUGAUUACUACAUUCAUUGGGAAUGGAAAAAGUGUCCAAGUGCAUGGACUGGACAAUAUGACGGAAGAAGUUGA